AUGUGUGCCACUAAUACACCUUAUGGAUCAAGAUCCUCCGAAAAUUCCGCAGAUGACGUCAGGUUUCAUCAACCUCAUCCAGCACAUCCUCCACCUUACAUUUACUAUCCACCACCUUAUCCCCAUUUUCAUCCAUAUUAUCCAUAUCAUCCUGGAUUUUAUUCACCGCAUUAUUACAAUGAUGUAUCCCAAGAAUCAAAAGGUUUCUCUUGGUUCAAUAUUGUAUUACUACUUUUUUUGUUAUUGUGCAUCGUUAGCAUUGUUUUCUAUUGGUCUCUGUCUCGCGAUACACGGCGAAGAUUAAACGGCAGAUUGCCUCCUUUAGUGCAACCAGCACAGACUGCGAAGAGAAGAAAAGAUGCAAAACAGAAUUAUCCUGCUGAAUUUGUUUUAUAUUCUGAUAUAAAUGAUGCACUCGAUAGAGAUUAUGAUGUUUUUUGCGAAGGAUGUGAUGAUUCCCUAUCAACUUCUACAUCAAGUAAAUAUCAGAAGCAUUCCGUUUACAAAGGGAACGAAAGUAAGAAUGAAGAUAUCAUAGAAUUUUCAUCAGGAAAAAAAAAAAGUUAAUGAUGCUACAGAUGAUG